GCUGAUCCAGACUUUCUUUAUCCAAAAAAAACAGGCUUUAUGUUCCUCUCCUAUGGAUGCCUACCACAGGCUGUCAGUAUUGUCACACAGAGGGUCCAAACCUCUGGGGAAGGUGAAGCAGCGAGUUCAAGACCUUCGGAUCCCCUCAUCCUCUAAUUGGGAUUAUGAAGCCAGCGGACCGAGGUUGGACCUGAGUCACAAUGAAAGCGCUCGAUUUGCAGCAGACUCUCUGCUCAGCCAGGGUUUGGAGGGCUAUCGCCAAGCGUUGAAGGCAGAGGGAGAGGUGGAUUUUCUGUCAGAGCUGGAGAAGGAUUACAUCCUACAAAAUGGAAGCUACUCCAUCACAGAUAACUCAGGGUCUGAAAGCCUGUUUGCUGAUUGCCAGUCCUGCUCCUGCUGCCCUGCAGUUUCAACACACAUCGACUCCACUGUUGAGUGUUCGGAGCACAAAACCAGUGAAGAUGUGAAAUCAGCUCCUUUGUUGGACAAUCUCAGCACUGAGGUUUUUUUCCAGACUGACAGCAGUGCAGCUGGCAUGAAAGAUCUGGUCAGACAGUUCCUCAGGAAGGCUAAACUGGCCCUAGUUGUGGUGAUGGACAAAUUCAGUGAUCCAGAACUGCUGUGUGAUCUUCUUGAGGCGAGCAGGAAGAGGAAGGUGUCUGUUCAUCUGCUGCUGGAUGAUGUUAACCUGAAGCUGUUUGUUGACAUGUGGCAAGAUCUCAAACUCAUUGGCAAAAACUUCCCUAAAGUGUCGGUGGGAAGCAUCCCGGGUCAGACCUACUGUGCAAAGACAGGCAAGAAGCUGACGGGUCAGAUUGCAGAGUGUUUCAUCAUCGCUGACAGGCAGGAGGUGCUAACUGGUACAUACAGUUUCACAUGGCUGUCCGGACAGGUCGAUCGGAGUAUGCUUGUUCUCAUCAAAGGCAGCUCGGUCUCACAUUUCCAUCAGGAGUUCCUCAGACUUAACUCCAGCUCCAAGCCGGUCCCUGGCUUUAACACCUUCGUCCCUCUCCCAGAGUCUGUUUGUCUUUACUCAAAGUCACAUAAACUUCAAACAGUGCAUCCAUGGACACAUGGGGAGAUUGAUCUGUGGUCUACUCGGGGGGAUAAGAAAUCAAAUACAGAUGGAAGAGCUGAUCAGGUCCUCUCAGAUCUUCAUUCUCAGCUUCAAAGCACUGCUGCCAACACCACAGCUGAGAGGAAUGUGGAAGUCCAUGAGGACCACUCUCUGAUUGCUAUGUCCACAACACAGACGCAUUUAAGGAAGAUUCAUAAUCAGUCAAGUUUAAACAAGAAAAAUUGUCUUUCAUACCCAGAUGGGGGCACUGAUGGAGUUUUCUCUCACCAAAGGGACACAAACAGGUUGCCAGAAGCUGCAGAUUUCACCCCAGAUUCCCAGCAAAUAGCACCAAACACCAGCUGUCAGACUCCUUCCAAACCGCACAUGUCAAAGCUUCAAACCAACACCUUUUUCGGGGAAACCAGCAAGCAGGAUGAGUUCAUCAAAAAGCAUCAGGGUCCUCUAAGCUCACUCUCCUACGCAGUACCAAGGAUAUCGACAAGUUCACAGACCACAGUGGACAGAAACAUCAACAUCACCCCGGAAGAUGUGAAAGAUGACAGCCUUGUCUUCAUGGACUGUGGGAUUCACAUCAUGGAAGAUAGACAACUCAACAUAGAGGUCUACAGGAAACCUACAAAUGCCGAUCAGUACCACCGUUUUGACUCGCACCACCCACUGGGACACAAGCUAAGCCUCACCAGAACCCCUCAGACACGAGCAGAAACCAUCCCCUUCACCAACAGAGGUUGA